AAAAUAAAAAUUUGACAAACCAAAACGACGCCGUUUCAAACAACAACAAAAAAAGAAAAAAAAAACAAGUCGGAUGGAUAGCUGAGCUGAGCUCCCGGCGGCAACCUCCUCCUCCUCCAAGACCGCAGCGCAUUCUCUCUCUCAUCAUCUUGGUAAGAGAAAUGGCGAGGGUUCCUUGUGACUUGAGAUUUCUUCUCAUACCGGCAGCUUUCAUGUUCAUUUAUAUCCAGAUGAGGCUUUUCCAGACGCAAUCACAGUAUGCAGAUCGCCUCAGCUCAGCUCUCGAGUCAGAGAACCAUUGUACUAGUCAAUUGCGAUCCCUCAUUGAUCAAGUAAGCACUAAACAGUCCCGGAUUCUCGCUCUCGAAGAUUUGAAGAACCGCCAGGACCAACAACUCGUGCAGCUUAAGGAUCUUGUCCACACCUUUGAAAGUAAAGGGAUAGCAAAGCUCACUGAAGGUGGACAGCAGGUGCCUCUGGCAGCUGUUGUGAUUAUGGCCUGCAGUCGUGCUGACUAUCUUGAACGCACUGUCAACUCUGUUUUAAAAUAUCAAAGUCCCAUUGCUUCAAAAUAUCCUCUCUUUAUAUCUCAGGAUGGAUCUAAUCAAGCCGUCAAGAGCAAGUCUUUGACCUAUACUCAACUAACGUAUAUGCAGCACUUAGAUUUUGAACCAGUCAUCACCGAAAGGCCUGGCGAACUGAUUGCCUACUACAAAAUUGCACGUCACUACAAGUGGGCACUAGACCAGUUGUUUUACAAACAUAAAUUUAGUCGAGUGAUUAUACUAGAAGAUGAUAUGGAAAUUGCUCCAGACUUCUUUGAUUACUUUGAGGCUGCAGCUCGUCUCAUGGAUAGGGAUGAAACCAUUAUGGCUGCUUCAUCAUGGAAUGAUAAUGGCCAGAAGCAGUUUGUGCAUGAUCCCUAUGCACUUUACCGAUCAGAUUUUUUUCCUGGCCUGGGGUGGAUGCUGAAGAGAUCGACUUGGGAUGAGCUAUCACCAAAGUGGCCAAAGGCUUAUUGGGAUGAUUGGCUGAGAUUGAAGGAAAACCAUAAAGGCCGCCAAUUUGUUCGACCAGAAGUCUGCCGAACAUACAAUUUUGGUGAACAUGGGUCUAGUUUGGGACAGUUUUUCAGUCAGUAUCUGGAACCCAUAAAGCUAAACGAUGUGAAGGUUGACUGGAACGCAAUGGACCUGGGAUACCUGACAGAGGGAAACUAUACCAAGUACUUUUCUGGCUUAGUGAGACAAGCACGACCAAUUCAAGGGUCUGACCUUGUCUUAAAGGCUCAAAAUAUAAACGGCGAUGUUCGUAUCCGGUAUGAAGACCAAGCAGAGUUUGAACGCAUUGCAGGGGAGUUUGGCAUAUUUGAAGAAUGGAAGGAUGGUGUGCCCCGAACAGCAUAUAAAGGAAUAGUGGUGUUCCGAAUCCAGACUACUAGACGUGUAUUCCUGAUAGGCCCAGAUUCUGUGAUGCAGCUUGGAAUUCGAAAAUCCUGAUGCAAAACAAAACACAUAUGAAAGCAAAGGAAGAUCAUUUCGACCACAGGCAGCCUUUCUUCAAACAGCUGUUUGCACUUUUUGGCUGUAUAAUUCAAGGAUGAGUUUGUAGACAGGGGGUGGGGGUUAAAUUUAACAGCUAGAAAGCUCUGGUGGCCUGUGUCAUAGGUUUUAAAGUUAAGGGAACCCACUCCUUUAAAGGAGCAGACUUAAAACACAUUUCAGUCGUUAUAUAACCUGGUUGUUUUGUUG